GAAUUUAUGAUUUCAAUGUUUCAAAAUUCCAAAGAAAAAAAAACUCUUCGCGGAAAAAAAAAUGCUUAUUUGCAAGUGUCAACAUUUGAUGGAGGCUUUACUUUAGGUUCAGGAAUAAACAGCUGAUAACAUUCGUGCUGAGCGAUUGCAUUGCUCUUAUCAGUAUGAAUCCAUAUAUGAAUGUAUGUAUGAGUGAUUGAGUGAGCGUGUGAUUAUAUCACUGUGAUUCUUUGAGUAUCUGGUCUUGGGUCAGUCUAUCUACUCUCUCUCUCUGUGUGUGAUCGUACAGUCAUAUUCGCAAUUAUAAAACACGACGAAAUAUAUGCAGUACAAACAAAUUUGACGACUGUACUCAUUGUUACGUCACAUAUGUGGCAAACGUGCCAACCCGCCGACGUUUCGGACACAUUUCAAAGAUACUACAACUUCGUAUUGGAUGUCAUUUUGCACAAUGCUCGGGAUUGAACACCCGCUCUCUGUAGCAAACGAUUGAAACUUGUUUAUUUUUCUACGGUCUCCCUCUCGCUCGCUUAAUUAUGACUUUGUUUUGACAUGGCUCGUUUCAAUUCGUGUUGAUAAUGUCGAACAGCGAGUGCAUUGAUUGGAUUUCGAUUUUGCAGAAUAAUAGUUACUGUUCAACGUUCAUAAAUGAUCCAGCUAGGCGCACACAUGGGGAUCAUCAACGCACUUGACAGAUGAAGUAUAGAGCGCAGAAAAAAAACAGCUGCAAAAGGCCGCAUAUGUGUGAAUUAUUUUGCUGAAGCACGCGUUGAAAAGACUGGAUGUUAUCGAAAUCAAGACAAAGAUAAUAGGCACGACAACACAAUAGAGAGAAGAUUCAGCAUUCCGUUUGAAAUGUCUUCAGUAGGAAAAUGUCCGCGUAGAGCGACAUAAGCAAACAACAGAGUUGCUACGUCGCUGGCAUGUGACUUAUCAUCGCUUGAGGUUUUAAUAAAACUGUUGAUUCAAUAACAAUAAAACUAUCUGUUUCGCAGCAGAAAAGAGCUGGAAUAAUAUUUUCAAAACGAAAAAUACGUUAAUUUUCUGUGAUAAAAAAGAUGUGCUACUAUUUUUAAAUGAAGAACUACAUGAUAAAAAUAUCAUUAACAACGAAACGGUUUUGCGAAAAACGAAAACUUACUUAAAUAAAUAAAGUGAUAAAAUAGCGGACAAAAAUGACAACCAAAUCGCGAAAGCAGACUUUGCGAAAGCAGACAGACAUCACAGACUUGGAAAUGGUGCCACCGGAUGGAAAAUAUGGCUGGGUCAUUGUAAUUAGUUACGCCAUUGCCAAUUUCAUCGGAAUUCCAACGACUUCCAAUAUUGGAUUGAUUUUCAAAGACAAAUUCGAUGCAAUGAACAUGCCGGCGGCUGAUUUGACGCUUAUCAUCAAUAUUAACUCAGCGUUAUCGAUGUCGUUGGGCUUGAUCAAUGGGCCAUUGUUACGAUAUUUUGGAUAUCGGAAAAUUAGUGUUGUUGCUGCGAUACUAUUCUCUGUUGGUCUAAUGCUAACCGCCUUAACAGAUAGCGUACUCGGUCUCAUAAUCAGCUAUGGAGUGAUAACAGCCAUUGGUUAUGGACUGAGUAAUUCGUCAUUUGGAUUAGCAUUGAAUUCAUUCUUCACAAAUAAAUUGAACAAAGCCUCUGGUGUGGCAAUGACUUUAGCUGGAUUUGGGCCCAUCGUUUAUCCUCCGCUAAUAAAUUUGUUACUUCAUUUGUACGGUGUUAGCGGCUGCAUGCUGAUUAUUGGCGCUAUUGCCUUGCAUAUGCUUGUGGCAGCUUUUUUAUUACAACCACUCAAAUGGCAUCUGGUCAGAGAUACAUCGUAUGAACUGCCGCUCAAAGAACCGCUCAAUUUUCCAGCCAUUCUACCCAAUGUGUCAACGUUUCUAUCGAUUGGAAAGUACUCAGAAUCAAGCUUUGUUCCGAACAGUGGGCCUCGUCUUCCAUUUGCUUCAAUCAAUGACCUUGGUUUUGAUCAAAAAUCAUCUCAUUUCGAAUUAAGUCACGACAUUGAUACUCAGAGUAUUUAUGGAUUCGAUCAAAUUAUCCAUCGACAACCGUCACACAAUAAACUAGACCAAACGGUGAUUGCACGAAACUUUUCAAAACGCAACCUUUGCUCGAUUCCGCAGCGCGAAGAGCUUGGUCUAAUCAAUCACACUGUUGACGAAGUGGACAAUGAGCCGCAAAUUCAAAUGGGUAAACCAUUACGAUGGUUCGAAACAGGAUCAGUUGGGUCAAUUCACUUGGGCAGCUCAUUUGAAAUAUUCAAAGAGCCUCCAAUCACUACAGCUCCAAGUAAUGACCGUAGAAAAUCAUCAAUAUUCAAUCCGUGGAGAAAACAAAGUCAAAAUUUGAUAAAUGCACUGCGUAUAACAUCGCGUCGAGCAUCACAACUAUUUGUUCCAAGUGAUGACCCGAUAAAAGAAAUGAAAAAAGAACCGUCCAUGCCGGAAAAAUUAAAUGUAAUGCUGGAAGAUAACGAAUUUAGUGCCCCACCUGGAGAAGUGCCACCUCAGGAAGAAAAUGACGAAAAUUGUUGUUGUGCCGUUUUCAAAUGGUUCGUGCGAUUCUUUGACUUAGAUCUGCUGCGUGAUAACAUCUACUUAAACAUUAUGGUCGGAAUGGCCGUUUCCAUAUUUGCUGAGAUCAAUUUCGCCAUUUUGACGCCGUUCAUUCUGUCGGAUUUGAAUUUUAAUUCCGAUGAAAUCGCAUACAUCCUAUUUGUGAUGGCAAUCGCCGACUUAAUCUCAAGAUUUUGCUCACCAUUCAUCGCUGACAAAUUGAAUUUGUCAAUUCGAGUCUCAUACCUAAUCAGUCUUAUCCUGUUGGUGCUAACCAGAAUGUCAAUGAUGUUGACAUCGGACUACGUCAAUAUGCUGAUAAUAUGCUCCGCAUUGGGUGUCGCAAAGGGUGUUCGUUCCGUUUAUAUGAGCAUCGUCAUUCCCAGUUAUAUUCCACUCGAACGUCUUGCAUCGGCGUCAGCCAUUCAAUUAUUUGCCAAUGGUAUUGUCAUGAUGUGCAUUGGACCCGUUCUAGGACUCAUAAAAGAUAUCUCAGGAAGUUACGUUGGCUGUAUACUCUUUUUGAAUGCAUGCACCCUCGUCACAAUUUUCAUGUACUCAAUUGAAAUGACGUACACUUGGUAUCGUCACAAAUCGUGCAGUGAACAAACUAGCAGCUAACAUUAGAUUGAAUUGAAUAAUUUCAUUCGCAAUUAAGUCAUACAAUUAAGCAAUAUUCCAAUAGCAUUUAUAGUCAGUCUCAAAUAAAGCAACCCAUAUUGGAUCAUAGUUUUAA